CGCUCAUCCCUCACGAGAUCUCGCGAGAGCUGACUUGCCAGAGCGACGACGCACGGAGGAGAGUGAGUACGGUACGAGAGGAGGCAGACGGACGCAGGGACCAUCUGAGCUUGGCGUUCGGUAGACAGCGGAGAGAGGAAAAGAGAGAGGGGGAAGCCGUACCCUACGAGAAGUGACGUGACGUCACUGGCUUUCCUGAAAGUCAACAACAAGCCAAGCGUUAGAGACUCAACGGCGGUUCCGGGGAAACGCAGGAGCAGCAGCCACCUUGUUGACCCACAGCCGACUGUCCAUUAGGUCCUCUCGACCGCAGAGACAAUUAUAACUAAACCUCGGAAAGGCUGAGUCACCAUCAGAGAGUGGGAAGGUCUGGUGAAGAAAGAGAGAAAAAGAGAAAAAGAGAGAAAGAGAGAGAAACGGAGAGAGAAAGAGAGAGAGAGAGGGGAGGGAGGAGAGUGAACGAACCGGUGUGAGAGACUUGAGAGAGUGUGUGAGCGAACCGGAGUGACGGCCACGAGAGGAAAGGAGACGGCACGCCGCCCCGAGUCCAGCUGAGCCACAACAGAGAGAGGGAGAGAGAGAGAGAGGGAGAGAGACGGACCGACGGAGAGAAAGAGACAACAACUAAAGAGAAGGAGAGAGGAGGGAGGGAGCCCACGCUCUAAUCUGCACGCCGACGAAGGCUGGGAGGUCUGACCCCCUCCUUCUCCUCCUCCUCCUCCUCCUUUUUCUUCCCCCCCCACCUCACGUCCUCUCCUUCCCACUCUCCUUCUCUGCUGCCUCUCUCCUGCCCCCCCCCCCCCCCCCCCUCGCUCCCUCGCUCUCUCUCUGUGAGCCGGGGAGUCCGUCUGUAGCGGAGGCAGGCAGGCAGGCACAGUGUGGAGAGACACCAUGAGCGAUGUUACUAUCGUCAAAGAAGGCUGGCUGCAGAAGAGAGGUGAGUACAUAAAGAACUGGAGACCGCGUUACUUCCUACUGAAAACUGAUGGCUGCUUCAUCGGGUAUAAGGAGAAGCCUCAGGAUGCAGAUCUACCCUACCCUCUCAACAACUUCUCUGUCGCAAAAUGUCAGCUGAUGAACACAGAACGACCCAAACCCAACACCUUCAUCAUCAGAUGCCUACAGUGGACGACAGUCAUAGAGCGGACAUUUCACGUGGACACACCAGAGGAGAGGGAUGAGUGGACAGAGGCGAUUCAGAUGGUGGCAGACAAACUGCAGAGGCAGGAGGAGGAGAGGAUCCAGUGUAGCCCCACCUCUCAGAUAGACAACAUCGGAGAAGAGGAGAUGGACACCUCCACCAGCCACUAUAAGCGCAAGGUACACACACAGCAGACCAUGAAUGAUUUUGACUACUUAAAACUACUGGGCAAAGGCACUUUCGGGAAAGUCAUUCUCGUGCGGGAGAAGGCCAGUGGCAAGUAUUACGCAAUGAAGAUUCUCAAGAAGGAGGUUAUCAUUGCAAAGGAUGAAGUCGCUCACACACUCACGGAGAGCAGAGUACUGAAAAACACGAGACACCCUUUCCUCACUUCUUUGAAAUACUCGUUCCAGACUAAAGACCGCCUCUGCUUCGUCAUGGAGUAUGUCAAUGGAGGAGAGCUGUUUUUCCAUUUGUCGAGAGAGCGUGUGUUCUCCGAAGAACGCACGCGGUUCUACGGCGCCGAGAUCGUCUCUGCCCUGAACUACCUGCACUCCGCCAAGAUCGUGUACCGGGACCUGAAGCUGGAGAAUCUGAUGCUGGAUAAAGAUGGCCACAUUAAGAUCACAGAUUUUGGUCUGUGCAAAGAGGGCAUCACUGAGGCCGCCACCAUGAAGACAUUCUGCGGAACACCCGAAUACCUGGCACCAGAGGUGCUGGAGGAUAAUGACUACGGCCGUGCGGUUGACUGGUGGGGUCUGGGCGUGGUCAUGUACGAGAUGAUGUGCGGCCGGCUGCCCUUCUACAACCAGGACCACGAGAAGCUGUUUGAGCUCAUCCUGAUGGAGGACAUCAAGUUCCCACGCACCCUCUCCUCCGACGCCAAAUCCCUGCUCUCUGGGCUGCUCAUCAAAGACCCCAACAAGCGACUUGGAGGCGGUCCAGACGACGCUAAAGAGAUCAUGCGACACAGCUUCUUCACGGGGAUCGACUGGCAGGACGUUUAUGAUAAGAAGCUGAUACCUCCCUUCAAGCCUCAGGUGUCAUCCGAGACGGAUACUAGGUAUUUUGACGAGGAGUUCACCGCACAGACGAUUACAAUAACUCCCCCUGAAAAAUAUGACGAAGAUGGCAUGGAUUGUAUGGAUAACGAGCGAAGACCACAUUUCCCACAAUUCUCCUACUCUGCCAGUGGGCGGGAGUGAGUUCCGUACUGUGGAGCAUCACCCCAUUCCUCAUAUAUGGUUACCACGGUUACCACUGGACCAUCAGCACCUAACCAACCUCUCUCUAUCGCUCUCUCUCUCUCGCCCCCCCCUUCCUCUCAUUUGAGUUCUUUCACACACUGGGUUGACCUAGAGUCAUGACCCUCCUUGGCUGUGUGUUUUGGGUACAAGUCUGGGCUACAGGACUCAACCGUCUCCUUGCCGCUUUUGGUUGCACUGGUGGACUGGUAAACUACGGUUUAGUUUUGUCUUAGUGUUUUUCUUUUUCUUUGUUUUUUUCUCCGGGUUAGUGUGCAACAUGUAUGUUUCUACAGUGAGUUUCUUUGGUUUGUUCAUUUAGUUUAUUUGGUUUUGUUUCUUGCACAGUAAGCUUAUACGGCCAAGCCCUUGGCUUUCCACGUCUUAGCGGAAAACGAACAGAAGGAACUGCCUUACGCUCCUCGUCUCCCUCAUGGAAAGGUGAGGGGCAUCUGGCUUCAGAUUCACAGGAGGUUUCGCCGGGGGCAGGUCACACUGCCCCAUGAGAUUACGCAGUCCACUCCACUCCAUCCCCCUCCUCCCCUUCUAGAACCAGCCCAGAACGCCGCUAACUCAGGCCCAGAGUCAUCUGACACCUGGGUACAGCCCCACCCCUUGACCUUCCUGUCUAAGGUUAGCUCUAGCUAGUAGCCGUUAGCUUUGUAGUGUAGAGAAUUUAGAAACUGCCAGAAACGGUUCGCUCAGGCUACGCAGAUGAAAAAGAAAACAAACACACACAAAAAAAGAAGAAAAACAAACAAACCUCUCAUUUUGUCUGCAGACAACUCAAGUAACAGGUACAGCAGCUUUACUCGGGGGCCCGUACUCAUGCCACUAACUCUAGACGCCUCAAAACCUGACCUGUCGCCCUCAUGGAAAACAGGAUUCUUACCAGCGUCUUUUUAUUUCAGUCGCCUGUGGCUCUGCUCAACCACAUGGGUUAACUCAACGGUGUAGUUCUUAGGAAGUUCUGUUCCGUACUUCUCUUUUACUCUCAAACACAGAAAAAAAAAAGUAGUAGUCUCUGAUAGUCUGUAGGCAGAGACAUUUAUUUUGUUACAGUCUAUAUGCAGAGCUAUGAAGCGGGCAUCUGAGAAACCAUGUGGUGUUUCAGUGGCAAUCCUAUGAAUCCAAGCAAUGCCUUACCUUUCCAUGCCACUCAAGGUUCGGUUCUAUCCAGGGUUCCGUUUCCCAGGAUUCUUCACCAGGCGAACAGACAGACAGACAGACAGACAGACAGACAGACAGACAGAAUCCAGGUACGAGGCCUCCGAAACUAGUCAGUUACAGAUGGCAUAACUUAGCCCUUAAAAGAUAGUAUGUAAAUAUGCAAGGCUUUAUUUUUGACAUAUCAUUGCAAGAAACUCUUUUUUCCUGUCAUUGUAUUAGUAGUCAGACGAUGUAAAACAGUAUUCCAGAUUGCAUCCCAUACAAACACACAUGAAGAAAUGUGAAUGACAAAGGCAACGUUCGGAGCCGUUUAGAAUGAUGGCACUUUUCCACAGGGGGAGGGGCUAAUCAGAUAUGGGUGGACUGAAGGGAAUAGCUCCUCCUACAAUGCUAAACAGUGCAAUCACAGGAAAUGACUAGCCUGUUGGGCAGUUUGGCUCUCACAAGGCUGAUAGAAGAUGGGGGACCAAUGAGGGCAGGGGAGGGAAAAAUAUUAUUUUGUUUUUAAGACCAAGGGGGAUAUUUUGUUUCGUAAAAAAAUCAGAUUGUUUAAUUUAUUUGUUGUUGAACUGUUUGUGUUAUUAUUAUUAUUAUUAUUAUUAUUUUUUCCUACUACUAUUGUUAGGAGUAUAAUCCAGCCUUUUGUCUGGAUUAAAAUGGCACCUCAAAAAUGGCUUAAGAAUGUAGACUGGGCAAUGAAAAAAGGCCUUUUGAUUUUGAUUUGCUUUGAAUUGAAUUGAAAUUUAUUUUCCUAUCGUCUCAUACCAAAAUAUAAUGAUGUCAAGAACAAUGAAAAGCUCUAACUGAAAAGAAAGUUAGUCAGUGGUCUACCUACCGUCUCGUGGUACUACGUUGUGUGUUACUUUGUUGUUUUUUGUUGUUGUUGUUUUUUUAGGUCAUGUGUGUGUGCACGUGAGUGUGUUUUUUUUCACAUGGCUGUCUUGUCUACAUGAGGUACAGUCCCAAAUAGCAGCCAAACUCUUGCCCAGAUCUGGCCUAGGUCUGCCGUGGAUCUGGUCUAGGUCUGCCGUGGAUCUGGUCUAAGUGUUCCCCAGUGUUCGGGACUAUGUGAGGCAUAAAAGAUGGAAGAUACAGCAGAUCUAGUACUUUUGUAAGGGCUGUUGAAGUGGCUUUGUGUUGAAGUGAGCGUGGUCCUGAAGAGUAAUGUACUGUACGGUAUCCGGACACACUGAUGGCGUUCUUUCUAAUAACUGAUGAACCCACUGCAUGUCUCUAACCAUUGCUUUUCAUAGAAUCGUCAUCAUAUGAAAACACGUGUUUACGCAGCCUGAUAACAGCAUACUAUGUUUGAUAUGGUCAGAAUAUUAAUAUGAGUUUAAAAUUGACCAAGUUGAAUUUUCCACCCCAACUGAGUUCACCCGUGCUGUUUAUUUUGUUUAAACACAGAAGGCAUUUUUUAUGCCCUGUCUAGAAUACGUCAGACACGCGUUAACAAAAGCAUCCUUUAGGAAUUAUCCGAGCCUAAUGCAUAGCAAAGUCAAAGGAAGCAUGGCUAGAAGGAAGCUGUUGUAGUAACAUAAAGAGAAAUGUGAAAACGUAAAAAAAAAGCAAAUGCAAUGUUAUGCUUGGUUCGACACUGGGAGCUGUAGCUAGCAGCAUAGUCCUAUGAGAAGCAACUGUUUCUGUAUUCAGAAAAGCAUCAUGUCACCCAGUCUGUCAGACAUUCUACCCUGAUUGAGAAGCGUCUAGGUCAGGAGAAGUGGACAUGAUUUCCGUAGGUGUCCAGUUGAGUGCGUCCCAAGCUGAGGUGAUUUUAGACCACUUUAAACCAUGUCACGUCGUCAUACGAAACAUGGAACUUAGGCACUGUGUCGCGUUAGGUAAAAAGCACUUAAGUGUUUUUUAAGGAGUGCAUCAGGCUAAGUGUGAGUUGAGGAUGAGGGUGGGAUCUAUCGAUACUUAGUCUGAGGCAACAAGAAGUGAAGUCUGUUAUACUGUCUGUUCUUCCUCAAGUGUUCUAUGGUGUAGUUGAUUGGAUAUUUUUGUUGGUUUAGUCUUGUGUCUCUUUUGCUCUUCAGCUGUUGGCUUGUGUGGACAGCAUGUGCCUUACAGGAAAAGUAGGUUAAAUGCAGAGCAUUUGUUGGUCGGGGUGUGUGUGUGUGUGUGUGAUUAUGCAUGUGUGUGUGGAGUGAGUGUGGUGGUCGUCCAUGCAGCUUUGCAGAACUUAGUUUGCGUCUUAUUGUCAGACUCUGUUAACCUCCAAGUGAGCAUUGCAUGGAGAUGCUAGUGGAAUGUCAGUCAUAUUGUAGAGAGGGAUGUGAAACUGCAGGAAGUGUUGGGUGCAGCUGUACACGAAACACACUUUUAAUAGUCACAUCAAAGUUUGUGUUCAUUUUUAGUGGUUAAGACUUAUCCUGUUAAGUUCAUGCUGUUGCUACAAAGGGGGCUAUCCACUAUACUAUACCGUCUGACACUUUUGACUCAAAGGCUAACAGUCGUUACUGUACCAUCUCUUAUGGUUAUGAUGCCAUGUUCUAGUGUUAGCGUGGUAGACUCUGGCACGGGAAGUCGUGGAUGGUUUGAUGUUUAGGAUUUGAAUUGGGUGUUAAGGACGGGAACGCAGGUGACAGUCGUUGAGAUGAGGGUCUGCAGAUCUGCCGGUAAGGUGUUGUUUGUCUCGAUAAAAAGAUGGUUCCAGAUGCAUGAUUUGACAGGCGAACGGAGGUGAAAACAGAUGGGCUCAUCCCCGAGAUUGGAGGUCGAUCAAUAACUAGUGCGUCGACGGGAAUGUAGAGUGAGAUAUGUGGGUGGCAGAAGCGCGAGGAAGUGCAUGUCGGUCUCCAAGGGCUGCAUCUUAAGAGCUAAAUAUAAAAAACACACAUACAUACAUACAUACAAACAUACUCAUACACACACUCACACAGAUUGUGUACCUGUUGCUGGUUGCAUCUGAGGAAGUAGUGGGGUGCAUCAUACAUUACCAAGGCCAGGGUUGCCCUCGCAGCUUGUAACUGCCACAGUCCUACGCUGUGAAAUACUGCAAGUUCAAACACAGUGUGUUGUGAGUCUAACCUCCUGGCGAUAAGGGGCUACGUCAUGAGACACAGGUAGCCCCAUCUUCCCCCGUCUGCGUUAUCACUGUGUUGGCACAGGACUGUUGUGGAGACACAGGGUACGUUGCGAGAUGCGGCAACAGUUGUUUGUGCAAUUCUUCUCCAUAUCUAUAGUCGACCCACCCCCCCCUCACCAGAGUGAACAGAAUGUAUGUCGAGCUAGUGUCAGAAAAAUGGGUGUAAAGAAACCCGCUCAUCGAUGCAGCCGUCACCAGCGGCACAUCGUGAUUGGUGCGUUUCAGUUAAAGCGAAGUUUGGCGUAGGACGGCAGGAUCUGUCACCACGACAUGACGCCCGUACCCCCUACUGUUUCGGUGAAGCUCUGAUCUAACAACUGUGGUCAUUGGAUCUAUUUCACUCUGUGUUACUGACCGUCUUCCAGAAGCUUUCUUUAGGUUCACUCCUGUUGCGUGCUUGGGUGGGAUCCGUGCUUAAUGAAACUACUUGGAGCAAUGGUUUAAUAGGACUAUACUGCUGAACACAAUGUAUGUCUAUGUGUUUUAUGUUUUAUUUUGUUUAUUUCUGUUUUAUAUAUGCUGGUUUGUUUGACGAGUAACUUGAAAAUGUCUUAUUUUCUGGUAUUUGUGUUAGGAUCUGGAUACUGUCCUUUUUUUUUUUUUUUUUCAACUGUGAAUUUCAACAUGGAGAUAAAGAGAUGUUUUGGGCACUUAACAUUUUUAUUUAACUUUUUGUGUUAAACUGCAUUCUUGAUUUCCACCAUUUUUGACGGAGCACUUAAUAAAAGUUUCGGCCCUCUGUCUGCUUGUCUUUGCCCCAGGUCGGACAGAAACGCAGACACAUCGCUCGAACCAUAGGUUGGGCUAAAUUAAGACGAGCUAUUGUUCUUUCCGCUCACCUGAAAAUGAUAAUGUGACGUUCUCAUAUGGUAUGUGUAUACAUUAACAUCAGCUGAUCGUUAGCGUAGACCAGUGGAUGGAGUUCUGGGCAAGCAUUGUGAUCGCAUUGUCUUGCAUGCAGAGGACAUUACUCUUAUGGCCGUGUGUGCAUCGAAAGGAUAUGCGAGUAGACUCAAAGCAUCACGGUCAUAAACCACCAUACACUUUUUUGACUCCAUAGCUUAGCAAAAUUCUGCUUCAAACCUCUCUUCUCAGCAGCACCUUUUCAGCUCCAUUGAUCUUUUUUGUAUACCUCCGCAAGUAAUGGAAAACUGUCCCUGCUUCGAGAAGUGUGAAAAAAAGAAAGAAAAGAAAAUAACUUGAAAGCACAGAUUCCCUUCAUGAAGAUCAUGCUUCUUUCUUUUGUAAAGUAUGAAUAAAGGAAGAAAUCCUUUUGCAUUGCUGUGUAAAGUGGGUGUGUGGGGAGGGGGAAUUUGAUAUGUUCAGUUGUAUGCAAAGGUCUCCCUUGGUCAAGUGACAUGAUGGCAUUUUGUUAUUUAUUUAUUUUUUAGAUAAAAUGAGUAAAUACAAGCUAUUUUACAAAUGUCAAUGCAAUGUUACUUAUUUCAUGAAUGUUAAAAAAAGAAAGAAAAGAUUAAACAUGUAAUUGUGGCACAUGUUCAGGGAUGCCCAGACGUUUGCAUACAGCCAUACAGUGGGAGUGAGGAACUGGGAGAGCAUGUACUGGCAAGCCCUCUGUGGGACUCCAUGUUGAUGCCUGCCAACACAACAAGUUUGGACACACCAGAGAGGUCAGAACGGAAAUCAUGCUUUCGCUCGAAUCUCGCUAUUCAAACGGCUUAAUCACACAAAGAAAGGGGACUUGUCGGCAUCAAAAUGUGAGAAACAAAAUACACCCAAGAAAUCGUACCGUAGAAAGCUUUGUCUGUCAAACCACCUGCAUAUGAUGUGUUCCUUGGAACCAAAUUCUUGUGUGCCCUUGAUGGUGGCCAUCAAGGUCAGAUAUCUGAAAAAAAAGGCCAUUCCUCAUACCCCCCCACCCUACCCUACCCACCCUCCCCGUGAAAAAGAAGAGGGAAACAUGUUUCAGUGAGGAGGGACCCUUCCAUAUGUGGUCCCGUGAUGAUGUGGGUUGCAUCCUUACUAACUGCAGGGUCUCCAGCUGAUUCUACACCUCAACCGACACACUUUGCUGCUACUGUUUGUACUGUCUACAACAGAUUUUUUUUCUUGUUACCUUGCUCCUGAUAGUGUAUAAUGAAUGAGCAUGAAUUGUAAAGUAUUUAUUUAAAAACAGAAAGGAGACAUUCCUUCAAAAAGGAAGUAAAAAAAAAAAACAUUAAAAAAAAACCACAACUUGUAAUUAAUUAAUUUUAUGUCCAUCUAGCUUUAGAGUUUGUGUCAUUUCUUGACCUUGCUAGCUCUGUCAUUAGAUCCAUGUUAAGAUCUAGUCAUGUGGUUAAGGAAUGUACGCAGAAGGGAGUGAAAAGAAAAAAGUACUACAAACAGAAACACCUGUAUUACUCUGCAAAAAAAGAAAGAAAGAAAGUGGUGAUUUAUUUCCUUAACCAUAGGACUCACACGGAUGUGACUCAAACCAAGAGACAGAAAAAAAAGAUGACAUGAAAGAGAACUGUUUUUUGUACACUGUACAUCCUUGGUAUUUUUACACGUAAAUGUAUAAGAUAGGGAUGCACAUCGACUCCCCUCCAACAGAUGGCUUAAAUAAAAGCACUAUGUCAAUCUGC